AUGAACGGAUAUGUUAUCACCAAAAUCGAUUUCGCUGACUAUGGCAAUCCAACUGGUAAAUGUCAAGAAUUUAGACACUGUAAUUGCGGCGCACCAGCUACCUUGAGGCUCGUCAAAAAGAAUUGUCUUGGGAAAAAUACAUGUGCGCUUUUUGCUACGGACAAAAUGUUUGGUCCGAGUCACUGCAAGGGAGUUCCUAAGCUCGCAGUUGAAGCCACUUGUACAAAGAGAUAG